AUGGAGGUUACUGAGGUUGAAGUGCACCGUCGUCCUCAGCACGUUGAUGACGACGGCGAUGGGGAAUCACCGCCAAUUGGAAUCGGUAGCGGACAAACCAGCCAUAAUAGAGAAUCCCGUGUUGUAAAUCCACUGGCCCCAAAUGCAGCAUCAGCAAAUCCACCUACAAGAAAUGAUGAUGAUAUCGGUGCAGGUCAUGCGAAUCCAGUAUCCGUAGAAGACGAAGAGACAACAGAGCCGCCGCCGCGUUCGAGUCCUGCAACGCGGCAACGCUGUGAAAUUGAAAUCGAGCCUGGUACGUUCUUUGUGGUUUUUGAGAAGCAACGACUUGUUUACUCUGGUUAUUUACCAAUGCGAUUGUUUUUCAGCGCAUGA